UUAAUAAUUGCUCUUUGUUAUUGCAGCUGGAGCGAGAGAGACCUGCUUACGCCUUACACGGCAACCUUCUGUAUUAUGUGAAGGAGCGCUUUCUCCGUCGUCUUGAUUUGACCAAAAACAAGGAUGUUGCAGUGAUGCAGUUGCGUGCAGGUUCCCGCGCUCCUGUGUAUAGCAUGUCUUUUAAUCCUGCAGAAAAUGCUGUCCUUCUCACCACUCGCACCCACAAUGUGGAUAACAGCAACUAUGAUUUGUAUCAGAUCCCCAAGGAUACAGACCCACAGAACCCUGACUCCCCAGAUUCCAAGAGGUCUGCUGGGCUGACAGCUGUAUGGGUUGCAAGGAACCGCUUUGCUGUUAUGGACAAGAGCCAUCAGUUGGUGAUCAAGAAUAUGCAGAAUGAAGUGACCAAGAAAGUGACAACUCCCCCGUGUGAUGAGAUAUUUUAUGCUGGCACUGGCAUGCUCUUGCUUAGGGAUAGUGAUGGUGUCUCUCUCUUUGAUGUUCAGCAGAAGAGAGUGUUGGGAACAGCUCGCAUUGCCAAGUGCCGUUAUGUUGUGUGGUCUGCCAAUAUGACCACUGUGGCAUUACUGUCCAAGCAAACAAUACUCAUCUGUAACCGCAAACUAGAACGCCUCUGUUCCAUCGCUGAGAAUAACAGGGUUAAAUCUGGUUCCUGGGAUGAUAGUGGAGUAUUUGUGUACACAACAAGCAAUCACAUAAAGUAUGCACUGACAAAUGGUGACCAUGGCAUUAUUCGCACACUGGAAUUGCCAGUGUAUGUGACUCGGGUGUCUGGUAGCUCAGUAUACUGUCUAGAUCGUCAAGCAACCCCUCGUGUCCUUACCAUUGAUUCAACGGAAUUCCGCUUCAAAUUGGCUCUUGUCCAGCGCAAAUAUGAUGAAGUAAGUUUAUGUUAUACUGUACCUUUGUUUUACUUUUCGUUUUUAGAUAGAUUGAAACUGAAACUGAUGUUUCUUUAUAGUAUUAAGAAUUUAGGUAGAUUCAUACAUAGUAGCCAACAUUGUUUUG